AUGCCCAAGGGGACUAGACUGGCUGACGCCAUCAAGAUCCAGGGCCAGAUGCGUGCAGGGAUAGCAGGGGUGGCAUUCAAGGUCUUCAACCCCGAGUUUGUGGCGCGGAAGGUUGAGGCGGAGGCAGCUCUGCACGUCGCCAUCGAGGAAGUUGAGCGCGCUAUCGAUAGGAAGACUCUCGGUCUCGCUGCAACUCACCAGAAGAUUGCCGACGUGCAAGGCUACAUGCAACGAGGAAGGCUUGGCGAGUUCUCUCGGGAUGCAGCUGCAGAAAUCCCCAAUGCAGAAAACCUGGAUCAACAUGAGCUGGCUGCAACUCCUAAUGCACUGAUGAAUGCAAACGAAGAACAAGCCGAUACGGUCGAUGUUCUCGAUGUCAACACAAGCUCUAACAGGACGAUUGCUCCUGAAUCGCCCAACACCUCUUCAGAACAGUUCUGUGAUUUCACCAGAUAUGUCUCCGCGUCGCCCUACCCAUCUCCCCCAUCGCCGCCUCCGCCGCUCCGCGUCGCCCUUGCCUUCUCCCCCGACGCCGGCUCCGCCGCCUACGUCGGUACCUCUCGCCGUGCCCUUGCCGUCCUCCCUGCGGGUUACCCCCGCCCUUCUGCCCCGGCGCCGCCGGCCGCCACGGGGAGAGAGACCAACCGCUGCUUGUGCUCCGCUCCUCGCAAACUCCUCCACGUCGUCAUCUCCUCCGUGUCGUCUUCGCGCCCCCCGAAAGAGGAAGAGGAAGAAAUUGAAAUGUUAUUGGAAAAUUAUCUUCAACGAUGUGAAUCGUGCCCUGGUCAAGCAGAGAGACUUCUGGAUUCUGCAAGAGAAAUGGAAGACUCAAUUGCUGUGAACUUUAGUUCCUGGCGACUCGAAGUAAGUAGAGUGGAGCUGCUGCUUCAAGUAGGAACGUUUUGUGUUGCAGUAGGAGCAUUAGUUGCAGAUGGGUCGAACUGGAGCAUGGGUCAAAGGCAGCUCUUCUGUUUGGGACGUGCAAUUUUGAGAAGAUGCCGCAUUUUAGUUCUCGAUGAGGCCACUGCUUCUAUAGACAAUGCAACUGAUGCUAUACUCAGAAAACAAUCAGGACAGAAUUCAAAGAUUGCACUGUUAUCACUUCAAACUCUUUAAAGUGCAUCUUCAAUUUCAAAUAAAUUGUUGUAUAUAAUUUAUUUUUGCAACAAAGGCUUCUCAGCUUCCCCGUGUUCAGUUUUUAUGCCUUGAGUGACUGGCAAGGUGACUGGACUGGAGCCAUAUAAUGCAUGAUAUUUCUAUUUUCUUCAUAA